CUCAGCGCCCGGCGCGCGGGAGGUAUUGUCCAUCACUGGGGCUUUGUUACGUCGUCGCCUCCCCACCUGGCUGCGGGCGCGUCCUGGCAGCUGCAGCCUGGCGCCGGGUGCCAGCUGCUGCGGCCGCCGCCUCCGCCAUGGUGUCCCCGGUCACUGUGGUGAAGAGUGAGGGACCCAAGCUGGUGCCCUUCUUCAAAGCCACUUGUGUGUAUUUUGUGCUCUGGCUGCCCUCGUCAAGCCCGUCGUGGGUCAGCGCCCUCAUCAAGUGCCUGCCCAUCUUCUGCCUCUGGCUCUUCCUUCUGGCCCACGGCCUGGGAUUCCUGCUGGCCCACCCCAGUGCCACCCGCAUCUUUGUGGGGCUCAUCUUCUCUGCUCUAGGUGACGCCUUCCUCAUCUGGCAGGACCAGGGCUACUUUGUGCACGGUCUGCUGAUGUUUGCUGUGACCCACAUGUUCUAUGCCUCGGCCUUUGGCAUGCGGCCACUGGCUCUUCGGACAGGUCUGGUGAUGGCAGUACUGUCGGGCCUGUGCUAUGCCCUCCUCUACCCAUGCCUCACAGGUGCCUUCACCUACCUGGUGGGGGUCUAUAUGGCCCUUAUCAGCUUCAUGGGCUGGCGGGCUGUGGCAGGGCUACAGCUGGUUGGGACUGCCUGGCGCUGGACUGAGCUGGCGGCGGGCAGCGGUGCACUGCUCUUUAUUGUCUCAGACCUGACCAUCGCCCUCAACAAGUUCUGCUUUCCUGUGCCCUACUCGCGGGCCCUCAUCAUGUCCACCUACUACGCCGCCCAGAUGCUCAUCGCCCUGUCAGCUGUCGAGAGCCGGGAGCCAGUGGAAGACUACAGACUGAGCAAGGUCAAAUGAGGGGCCAGGUUCUCGUCACCCCUCUCUUCUCCUGGCGCUGGGGUCCGGAACCUGGGAACCUGCAAGAGCUGGAUCAGGAUGGCUGAAGUACCAGCCUGGGGCAGCAGGUACCACCUGUGAAAUGCACAAGUUUGAGGGGAUAAGCAGCAAAAGGAUCUUUCUAGCAAAGCUAGUGGUCCAGGACAAUGCUGAGAACUAAUAAGAGCCAGCUUGAUGCUCCUUGCUGGAGCCAGGAGAAGAUAUCUCCCCACCUGUACCCCAUCCAGACUGUCAGAGCCCCUCUGCAGGGCCAUGGUGCUCAUCCUCUCAACCUCCCCUACUUCUACUAGGUGGAAGAGUCUAACUCACCCGCUUCCAGUCUUUCUGACUUGCACAGAGUUGAGGGAGGAGGGGAGGAGUCUGUGCUGAGAUGACCCACGUCCAGGGCUUGAAGCCCCUUUCACAGGCCGCUAGUCGGGAAGAUUGGAUGAGGUGGAGUCUCCCUUUCCCACAUCUAUCCUUGUUACUUGAACAAUCUUAAUCUCUAAGUGUUGGGUGGGAAGGUGAAGGGGUGUCUAUCCAGGUAGGCAAGAUUGGGGACUACUUUGGCCUGGGAGUUUGGGGUACCAAGGGUUCAAGUUGGUCCCAUCUCUCAAAGGCCGUCCCAGAACUCAGGCCCCAUACCACCACCCUCAGACCCUAUCCCCAGGGCUAGGGUGAACCACGCCAAAGGAAGGGGCCAGCCUGUGUGUGCGUCUGUUUGUGAGUCUUGUGUGUGUAGUCUGUCUCCCAGCCUAUCUAUGUCUUACUCUGCCAGCUGUCUCUGACCUGCUGUGUGUCAAAGUCUUUUAGGGAGAGGGCCUCAGGGAGCUGCUGAGGGGUUGCUGAGCCUGGUUCAGAGAGCUGGGACGCCCCCCACAUACACACCCACUCUCAGGUCUUUCCUCCUUGCCCCUUCUGCACUGGGAGUGAGAGGAGGGGGCUCCAGUGACACUCUAGGGUCAUAAGACCCGAGGCACAUUCAAUGCAAGGGGAGCAAGGAUGGGACAACUCCAUCCUAUUGCUCGUGUGAAAAAAAA